AACCUCGACGUGACGUUUCCAAACCCUAGAGCUCCAGAAGCGCGCGCGCUAAAGUCCGAAAGCGUCCAGCGGCAGCCAUGUAGGAGCGCGCGAGCGCGAGACAGCUGACCCCUCACCUGCCGAGUCCGACCCAAGGAACACACGCACGCACACGCUCGCGCGCAGGAAUGUAGAAAGGUGCGCGAGACACUAAACUAAACUCACUAAACCCCUCAGCUCAGCGGAGCUGGAUCUGCACCGGUGGGACCCUCUCGGCUCGCGCUGUACCGGUGGGACCCCCUUUGGCGCGCGCUGCCAUAAAACCCCCUCAGCCUUCACUGAUCUGCGUUUAUAAAAAAGAAAAUCAGCCGAACGUCGCGAGCCGGACAGAUCACCAGGACAGCGAUGGUGUGCACUGAAGCUCCUGCAGAACAUCUGGGCUUCUCGCUCAUCCACAGUGUGUAAGAGUUCAGAGUGAGAGAGACGGUCCGGCAAAAUGAGGAAACUACAGACUCUAUUAUUCCUGAUCUGUUUACACAAGGUCACAUGUCGGCGGUUGCGGAUCCCGGAGCUGGGUGUGAUGGAAUGGGAGGAAAGCCGUAACGAGGGUUUGAGCGUGAAUCCCAAAGGAACGAACCCGCGAGUCCCCAACCCCCUGCGCCUCUUCUCCAGGAGCUCCCCGAGCCCGAAGAGCGGCCCGAGACAGGAGGCGUAUUUGGAAAACAUGGAGGACCCCUGGGACUGGUUAUCUAACCGGACAGAUGUCGGGGAGGCGCCAAGCAGGACUAAGCGCAGGCCCAUCGUGAAGACGGGGAAGUUCAAAAAAAUGUUUGGCUGGGGCGACUUCAACUCCAACAUCAAGACCGUGAAGCUGAACCUCCUCAUCACGGGGAAGAUUGUGGACCACGGGAACGGGACCUUCAGCGUCUACUUCCGCCACAACUCCACCGGCCUGGGGAACGUCUCCGUCAGCCUGGUCCCUCCCUCCAAGGUGGUCGAGUUCGAAAUGGCUCAGCAGAGCACGCUGGAGACCAAGGACUCCAAGGCCUUCAACUGCCGCAUCGAGUACGAGAAAACGGACCGCAACAAGAAGACUGCGCUGUGCAGCUUCGACCCGUCCAAAGUGUGCUACCAGGAGCAGACGCAGAGCCACGUCUCCUGGCUCUGCUCCAAGCCCUUUAAGGUCAUAUGCAUCUACAUCGCCUUUUACAGCGUCGACUACAAACUGGUGCAGAAAAUCUGCCCCGAUUACAACUACCACAGCGACACGCCCUACUCCUCCACGGGGUAAACGGGGAAAAACGGUGCGCUCGGACGGCCCUCUCUCGCUCGGAAACCUCAUUAAAUUUUACAAGGAUCUUCUGUUCAAGUACAAUCUCUA